UGUGCACUGAAUUUGUGUCUUCACUUUGCGACAAGCUCUUAAACUCUCUGUCAGGCGGCAAGUGAGCAUAGCAAGCAUGCCUCCUAAAAAAGGCAAAGGCAAAAAAGAUGGAAAGGGAGGGAAGGGAAAGGGAGGAGCGGCCAAAGCAGCUGAAGUGCCUGAGCCGCCGCCCGAAUUGUCUGAGGAGGUGAAGGCCAUGAUAAAGCAAAUUGAACAGCUCCAAAAAGAUGUGGAGAAUGAAGUGAAGGAGAGAAACAAAUUCCAACUGGAGGUGGACAUGAUCCGCACCUUCUGGGAGGCGACGGGCCAACAGCUGGAGGAGACUAACGCGGAGCUCAUCAACUUGUACAGCGAAAUUGAAACAGACGAGCUCAACAACAGACAAGACAUCAAAGAGUAUUUGGGAGAAAUCAAACUCUACAAUGAGGACCUCAAGAAGCAUCAGAAGGGAUUUUACAAGCACGUGCACAAAAACGAGGACGUGGAGGUCAAGCCCUAUGAGAAGGAGCGCAGUGAAAUGAUUUUGGACGAGCAGCUGGACAUUGAGGACACCGUCAACACGCUGAAGAUGAAGCACAACGAUGACAUGGCCAAAAAAAGAGGAGAGAUGAAGGAACAACUGCUGCAAACAGAGCAAAAGUACAAAAAGAAACUGGAGCUGCUCCAAGAUGACCUGACAAACAAAGAGAAGACCAAGCUGAGUGAGAGAGAGCAUUACUGGAGCAGCCUCAUCCACAGUCUCCAGCAAGACCACGACAAACGGUACAGCGAAUUUGAUGCCUUCCUCAAUGAAUGCAAGAAGAAGGACUUGCGCCACAAAGACAAGGUGAGCAAACAAAUUCAAGUGUUUGUCGCCACGGAGGAGAAAAAAAAACAACGUGUGGUUGGAUCAUUGGACGUCCUCAUGUUAAAACAAGAGAAAAAAAAAGUACAGACGCAGAUCACAAAACUCCAGAAGCUCCUGAGAAAUCCCAUCAUGAAGAAGCACCCAAAUGAAAAAAUCAAACACCUGGAGCUGAGCGAAUUAAAGCAAGACCAUGAAGUCCACGAUCAGAAGUUGAAGCAGCUUGAGCAGGACAUUGAUGAGCUGCACAAGAAGUUCCAGCAGAACAUCCAGGACAUUCAGCAUAGAGCGGAUGAAGAGAUCACACAACUGGAAGCCAAACUCGGCGCCCUGACGGACAAACUCCACCGGAUGCAAGCUCGGGUUUGCUCGCAGCUCUUCGGCAUCGACCUCGGCUCCCUGGGUGGACUGGUAAACCAAGCGGGGGACAACCAAGCCUUACAGGACACAGGAACUGUCCCAGAUCACUGGAGUCGGAGGACCAGACUCAACCAGACCGUCAUCUGGCAGCUGCAAAAUGUCAAAGAGCUUCUGCAGAGAGAUGUUGAGACUGCAGUCAAGGAGAGGACUGCUCUGAUCAAACUCAUCAAUGAAAAGAUCGAUGAGCUGUUCUGGGCAAGGACGCUGCUACAAAAAGUCACUUGUCAGCUUGCAGAGGCAAUAAAGACAAAUUCAGGGACGGUCCUGCAGGACUCUGCUCCGGAACCUGUGGAACCGGAGGUCCAUCUCCAGGACGACGGCCAGCCGAUAGGCGGCCUGAUGGAUGAGAUUGUGAGGAUCGCUUGCAAGAAUCCUUCGGACAAUUUCAGAACCUUGAUGUUUGACCCGGUCCUGGACAGGCAGCUGAGGAACACCAAGGAGCUCCUUCAGAGUCAUGCAGAGUUGGCCACCAAGAGGCGGACCCAGCUGAUCUUGCUACUGAAUGACAAAACGCACCAGCUGCACAAUGUCAAACGCAAAGUGAAAGACACCAACCUGCAGCUAGAAAAGCAGAAAAUAGUUGCAGCUAGGAGGCUCAAUGUAGAUGAGGCUUUGUUGCUCCUAACCAUAAUGUGACAGCCAUCUUGCAUCAAGGGCACGUCAGGCAGUGCCCCACCACCUCCAGAUGUAUUUUUUGUAUU